GGCCUCCGCCAUCUACGCCACCGCGAUUCUUAUCCCUCCUCCUUCGAAUUGUGCUGGGGUUUAGUGAACUGGGUUCUUGUCCUCUUUAUCGAUUAUGCAAAUUAUGAAUUUUUCUUCUUAUUAUUAUUGUUUACUUUAGGUUACUCAAAAGAUGCUUAUCCACAACCGGGAUACCCUGUUCAGGGCAGCCAUGGACAGAAGUUCCCUUCCCAAAUUCAGCGUAGCGAGAAACAGCCAAUCAACCAUGGACAGAGCCUCUUUCUUAGCUCCACCACCGCCUGAUUCCCAGUUGUUCCACUACACCCACUCUACCGCGUUGUUAAAACCACCGACGACGGCGACAGCGGAUUCCUUGAAAUGGCAUCAUCAAUUGCAGUACAAUUUCCAUCAGCACCGACAAGAGGAGGGUUCCUUCCACGACGAUUACAUGGGUUGCGUUUAAACUGGUUUCACGACGUCAGCGGCGGCGAGGGUGGUGGGUUAGGGGAAGUGGUGGAGAUGAGCCGGAGCCCUUCUUCUCCUGUUAAAUUGAAACCCGACCCAGGUUUCUACUAGCCUGAUUUGGUUCCGGUUGGGAAUCAUGUGAACAGUUCGCCAACGGCAACAAAAAGAAGUUGGCUUCCUUGAAGGAUGGUCAGUUUUCCUUCCUCCCUUUUACAUUCUCCUUCGAUUACUCACCCGCCGGAUAUUCGAAGGAGCAGGGAUCUGAAUUGCGGUGGCAUAGAUGGCGGAGGCCAUCUAUCAAGUUUUAUUUUUAUUUUUUAAUAGUUGUAGAAUGAGGUGGAAAUUAUAAAUAUUUAAAUUUUAAUAUUUUUUUAAUGACCACGUCACUCAUUUAACGGUCAACUAUAGUAGUUGACUGCCACAUCAGCAAAAACUAACGGAGAGUGACCAAAUUUGAACUAAUCUUAGUGACCAUGAAUGGAAUUAAAUAUUUACAGUGAUCAAACAUGAAGAUUUUUAGUAAACUUAGUGACCAUCCUCGCAAUUAACCCAUUUUUUUAUGCUAAAAAAGUACCACCCCGCCAGCAUUUGGGAAAAAAUCCCACUGUACACAUGUUUUUAAAAAAAAUUCUCAAAAUACACAUGUUAUGAAAAAAAUUCCCAAUCUACGCAUGUUUGGGCCUUCACCGCGUCAGACUAAGGCGGUGAUUGCUUCACCGCGUUAAAGAAUAGCGGUGAUUGCAUCACCGCGUUAGAGAAAAACGGUGAUUGCAUCACCGCUGUAGACAAAAACGGUGAUUUCAAAAAAUGAAUUAUUUUGGAUAUACGGGGUUUUGAGAAUAAGUUUACCUUUCUUUUUUAGGAAUCCAAGUACAUUCCGAAAUUAUGUCUAUGAUAAAAAUUGUAGUCCUCAAAAAGUUAUCAAAAUAAAAAAAAAUUCAUGAUUUUCGAAUUGUGGAGCACAAAGUUAUGGUCGUUCAAAGUUUGACGAAAUCGAAAAAAGGCUCAUUCGGGGUAGCAAACGACGUUUUUUCGGGACGAAGGCGGGACCAAACCGCCUCCGGCGUUUGCGGCUUGCAAGAUCUCGAAAAAUUAUGCGGAAUCAAAAAAAAUUUCACCACGAUCGGAUAACCGAGCACAAAGUUACGUUUUUUUUAAAGAUUCGACGCAGGUCAGGCCUUCACCGUUUUUCUCUAACGCGGUGAUGCAAUCACCGCCUUCCUCUACAGCGGUGAUGCAAUCACCGUUUUCGUCUAACGCGGUGAUGCAAUCACCGCUCUUCUUUAACGCGGUGAUUCAAUCACCGCCUUGGUCAGACGCGGUGAAGGCCCAAACAUGCGUAGAUUGGGAAUUUUUUUCAUAACGUGUGUAUUUUGAGAAUUUUUUUUAAAAACAUGUGUACAGUAGGAAAUUUUCCCCAGCAUUUGCCAGUCAUUCGUUUUAUUAUUAUGUUAUUUCCCAUGGGUUAAGAUAACUAAUUUUACUAAUUUACUCUCGAUUGAACUAGAAAUUCACCUAUUAUCGGUUAGCAAUUUUUCAAUAACUAUGACUAUGAUUG